AUGUGGAAUGGCUGCCUCAGCAGCAGCGGUGGCUGCGACUCGCCUCAGGCACAGGCGGUGCAAUAUCUUCUUAUAAAAGCCCAGUCUUUCCUGACCACACAAACCAUCACAGAUCACUACAAGACAGUGAGUCCGAUGCUGUUCUCCUGCCUGAUGCUCCUAUCUCAGGUCCAAAGUGAAGAGUCUCAGAAGGAACUGACUUCUCCAAGGAUCCGCUGUCCCCAAGGUUCCAAGGUCUAUGGCUACCACUGUUAUGCUUUGUUUGUGACACCAAGAACCUGGACGCAGUCAGAGAAGGCCUGCCAGAAGCAGCCCUCCGGACACCUGGUGUCUGUGCUCAGUGGGGCUGAAGGAUCCUUUGUGUCCGCCUCGAUCAACAGCAUGGUGAUUUCCUACUCAACCAUCUGGAUUGGACUUCAUGACCACACAGGUGGCAGUGAGGCCAGUGGAGAUGGAUGGGAGUGGAGCAGCAAAGAUUUGAUGAAUUAUAAUGCCUGGGAGAGACAUCCCUCCUACAUUACAAAUCAAGGCCACUGUGGGAGCCUGUCGAAAACCACGGGAUUCCUGAAAUGGAAAGGUUAUAACUGUGAUAUGAAGUUACCCUAUGUCUGCAAGUUCAGAGACUAG